GCCAAGAAAAGUUGUCGCAACACACUGAGCAAGCAAGACUUGUUUUUCUCGCCCUCCCAGGUUGUUCUGCUAACUCAGAACGUCAAGCGCAAUCAAUACAAUACGAUAUCACCCUAUCACCGUGGGCCACGCUCCACGCUUGCUAGAUCUUCGUUCAAAAACCACGGCUGUCUUCGCGCAAGAGGACGCAUAUCCCGUUGUGACCAGUAGAUCACGUGGGACUCGGAUCGCGGAUCCGGAGCAAUCUGGUCGACGACACUGCAAUGGCGUCCUCUGCGUCCACUUCAACGGCGUCCAUCGAACCUGCUGUGCCCACCAACUGGACUGGCGACAAGGCUAAGUCUUCCACGGCCGCACCGCAGGCUCUAGACACUCCAAUGGUUCCCACGAUGAAAACGGAUAUUGGCCUCAAGGCGACGCACGGUGGAUGUGGCUUCACGUUUUCCUCACGGACUAGCCAACUGUUCCGAUGGCGGUGCGACAAUUCCAACUGCAGAGCAAUGUUGAAAACGGGUCUCUUAAAUGGCCAACACUACUUGAUCCAUUUUGUGCCUCACGACGAAGAGGUGCACAGGCGCGGUUCUCCUUGUCCUCCUGGAGGUGGUGCUCAGACCCCGUGCACUCCGCGCGAUGGUCCAAAGCGCAAGGCGGACUCCUGCGCGGACAAGCCCCGGGAGACCGUCAACGGCGACGCACAGGUCCCGGCGAAGAAGUCCACAGGCCUAUGGCAGGGUAGGCCACAGGACAACGCCUGCCCUGCCCAUAGGCAGGGCAGGCGUUGGCCCUGGCUAUUGGCAGGCCAACGCCUGCCCAUAGCCAGAGCAGGCGUUGGCAGGGCAGGCGUUGCCAGCGCAGGCGUUGCCAGGGCAGGCGUUGGCGUCAGCCACACGGCGCACAAGCAAGGCACGCCGCCAGGGAAGGCUGAAGACGCAGCGGGCGACAAGAUCAAGAUAGAAAGUGCCAAAGGGAGCGGCGCAGGCAACCUGGUCGAUGGUCGGGCCGCGGCGGUUCAGCACAGUCCCGUCCACUCCCAGCAUCUCAGGGGCUCGAACGAACCAGGGACUUCUGCUUCGCCGUCCGGUGACCAUGAGGCCAAGGAAAGCAAGAUUCUCCCGCCACCUACUCCACCUGGGAGGGCUAACCACGGCAUCACUGUUAAAAAUCCAAAAUCCCACAAAUCCAUGAACAGGGACAUCAAAGAGAAGUCCGGUGCCGUCAAACAGGAAGCAGACGACGUGAAUUCUCGGGACGUGAAGGCAGGCGGCAAGGGAUCCCUCGAUCCUCCACUCCGAAUCGCUUCGUACGAGAGCAUGAGGAACGGUUGGAAUGCCGCCGAUGAUUCGGCGGGAAUUGCAUUAAGUAUGCAAGGUUUGGGCCGCACGCAAAUCAUCUUGAAUAUGAACCUGGAAACUGGGGAUCUGUGCGACAAAGACCUGAGGGAAAGAUUGCUUCGGCUCUUACAGGCGGAACACGAUUUCGUGGUUCAGCAACAAAAGAGCGAAGUAUUGCGAAUUGAGCUUUUAAGCAAGGAACUUUAUUCCAACAUGACCGACAACAAAAUCUAGCGUGCGUGCAGCCUUCGGUGAUUUUAGUGGUACCUACAAAAAGCACCCUUUACAGGUGCUUUUUUGUAGAGCCCUUGAAAAUGGAAAAGUAACACUUUCUGCUCUCUCCUAGCAUCUGUCAGGGGUUGCGCGGUACCACUUUUGAGCCAAGGCGCCGGUCGAGGGCCAGAUUCAAGGGAGGCCAGGGGAGGGAGGGGGAGGGGGAGGGGGAGGGAGAGGAGGCAUCGCCCUCUGAGCUUUAAAAAAAACAUAUUUUUUAUGAAAAAAAAAGAAACGACAAUACCAGCUUUCUGAGGAAGAAAUGUUAAGUUUUUGGGGAAUAGCCAUCACUCGAUGAACGAAAUCGAUCUCCUGCCCAAACUUUACCUAUAAAUGCGCCUCUGCGCCGGUCAAUGACAAUACAAAGUGCACACACCCGACGCUGUGAUCGGCUGGCGCGCUUCCCUCUCUUUCUGCCAGCAUCCCUUUCCUGGCUGCAUGAUGCCAUUUUUGAGCGAAGGCGCUGGAGAGGAAAAACACCUCUCCAGCUAUGAAUUGCGUUAUGUUUAUGCACUAUACGGGCGCUUAAGUGGUGCAGAUUCCUAGAAAGGAAAAGAAAAUAAAAACGCGAAUUGACUUUUUGGCUUAUUUCGAAGUCUUUGCUUACGUCCGCCCGAAAGCACAAUCUGUCACACCGUUACAGGCAGCACCGACCGGAUUAAUAAUCAGUUUUUUGCAGGUUUAUUUUUUUAUAUCGUAAGUGUGUUGUUUUACGAGGCUGCUUGUGUGUGAGGAGAGCCAAUAACGUACCAUCAUUAAACAAUUUUCAUUUUUUAUGGCUACAGAUUACUACAUUGUAUUCAUAGAACAUUACUUUUUUAUACAACGGAUCCCCAAAAAGCAAUAAAAAAAUUUUUUCGUGUAA